GCCAGUUCAGUAUGAAGCCGUGUACAAAUGAAGCUGUUUUGUUUUGGCUCCUUGGACUGCAGCUCCCAUCAUCCCUCACCCAGGGGAUUCUGGGAGUUGCAGUCCAAAGGGGCUGGAGUUUCCAAGUUUUGCAUGAAAGACAUUUCCUCAGCCUGAGUGGCUCUUGUCUACUUUUGGAACCCAAGGAGCGUCUGGAUAGUCCUUGCGCAGGAGGAGACCUGGCAUCUCUUCGAACCCAAGACUUGGAUUGACGAUCACUUGAGUCCAGCCUCUUGCUCUUUGCAGCAUCUCCAGCUAAAGCGUCCCCAGCAGCAGCUCAGUCUUGCCAUGCUUUGGUCCUUUGGCAACAACCGGGGGUCUUGGCUUGGGCAGCGAUAUGCCAUCCUCUGGGGGAGAUACCAAUCGGUCAACAAGAAGGUUAAGCAUCCGCUCUUACUCACCUGCCACAAGCACUUUGUAUGUUUGGUCAGUAGUACAGGCUGGUGGCAAAAACCUUUGCAGAAGGCCUGGCAUGUGGGCAAUGCCAAUGUUUCUAAAUCUGCAUCAGCAUCAACAGAGGGCAUCUUUUGUGGAACCAGAGGGCUUUUGUACUCCAGUAGAAUCGGGUACCAAAGACCUUUCUCCCAGGGAAGUCCGCAGAGCCCUGGAUCCAGCCCCCGGUUCCAACUGAAGACGCGGCUGCUCAUCACUUUUCUCUUUGGGAGCGGGAUUGUGGCUGCUUGGCUGUAUGUUCGGGCCGAGAAGGAGCAGAGGGAGAAGCUGCUGCGCCUCGAGGAGCUGAGGAAGUUGGCCAUUGGGCAAGGAGACUUCCACCUGGUGGAUCACACAGGGCGGCCCCGCUCCAAGGCCGACCUAAGGGGCAGCUGGGUCCUGCUUUACUUCGGUUUCACCCACUGCCCAGACAUCUGUCCUGAGGAGCUGGAGAAGAUGAGCCGCGUGGUGGAUCUCCUUGACCAAGAUGCCAACCUGCCCCGGGUACAGCCUGUCUUCAUCACAGUUGACCCAGAGAGGGAUGAUGUCGCAGCCGUGGCCAAGUAUGUGCAGGAGUUCCACCCACGGCUUUUGGGGCUGACCGGCACACCGGAGCAAGUGCGAGAAGCCGGGCGGGGCUACCGGGUUUACUAUAGUGCUGGCCCAAAAGACCAGGACAAUGACUACAUUGUGGACCACACGGUGAUCAUCUACCUACUCAGCCCGGAUGGACUUUUCACGGACUAUUACCAGCGGAACAAGACAGAUGCCAAGAUCGCUGAGAGCAUUAAGAAGCACAUGGAGACAUACAAGAGCCUCUUUGGUUGAGCAUACAGGCAGCUGUGGCUUCCCAGAUGUUUACAUCCUUCAACUCCCGUCUAUAUUUGCUGAUGGUGGGGGAUUGUGGGAGCUGAACUCCAAAAGCAUCUGCAGGGCCUCUGUUGCUUUCCUCUGCUCUGCUUAAGUGUGCCCAAACUCUUUUGAAGGAGGGACUUAUUUAUACUCAUAGACUUCCCAAGUGGCAUUUUGUGGCAAAUGAGUUCCAAAGGCUGUACUGAAAUAAUAUUAAUGCAAAAUA